AUGUCUUCCGCUCCAGCACAGGCACAAUUAAAGCGAUUCAAGGUCUUCGUACGGUGGCGACCGCUGAGCGCUUCCGAGAGUGAGCUGCCCGAGAUCGAGCGGAAAACGGUGGAGAAUGACAAGGACGAGGAGGAGUCUUCCAUGUCCAUCUCGCUAGACGGUCCAGCGGAUCCGAAAACCCGUAAGACCCGUUCCUGGAAGAGCGGCGCGGGAUCCUUCACCGGCGUUUUUGAAGUUGGUGCUGGAAACCAGGUGGUCUAUCGAGAGGUGGUGGCGCCUACGCUGCCGCUGGUUCUCAAUGGGAGCACUUGUACUUUCUUUGCCUAUGGCCACUCUGGCAGUGGGAAAACGCAUACGAUUGUCGGCUACGACUAUGAGCGUGACGAGAACCUCGGAUUGUUCCUUGGUGCGGCACGCGAGCUCACGGUUGCCAUUGACGAAUUGAAUGCAGGAUUUUCCGAAGUUGAAGGACAAACGCACGCAAAUUUCGGUGUGGGAUUGCGGCUCUACGAACUACGACGAAAGAGCGCGUUCGACCUCCUCAACGGGCACAACGAGUGUUACAUCCGUGAAGGUCCUGACGGAAAGACUCACAUUCGAGGGGAGACGGAGAUGCUGGAGGAUGGAAAAGUGCGAGUCCGUCCGAUCCAGACUCGGGCUUGUUGGACAUUCGACCAGGUCCGUCAGCAUCUUCUCGAAGGACUGCAACUGAGGAAAACGGGUUCAUCGACAGUCCACGACCAGAGUUCUCGCACACAUGCGGUGCUGGAGCUGGAGGUGGUGAAUUCGACGCUUCUCGAGGCUCGUAACGCGGUCAUCGAGCGACAGUCCGCACUGGUUCCUGUCGGCAAGCGAGCGACGGACAUUUACCUGGAGGAAGUGACUCGCAGCCUGAUCAAGAACGAAGACGGGACGUACCGGCAGAAUCCAGACUGCCGACCCAACCAAGCUCGCAUUGACGCAGCGGAGGCAGAGAAGUGCGAAUGCGAGGCCCGAGUUGCGCAAGCCGAGGCGGAUGUGUCCCAUGUAUUCGCCUCCAGUCUGCACUCAUGCCUCGGCGGCAAGUUCGUCUUUGUCGAUCUGGCCGGGUCGGAAUACUUCGAGCAAGGGACCGGCACGUCCACGCUGGGGCCCUCGCCGAGUCCGCAGGAACGGCAAGAAGGGAGACAGAUCAACACCGACCUUUUUGGGCUAAAGGAGGUCCUCCGUGCGCGUGCUCUGGGCCUCCCCCGGAUCCCAUUCCGCUCGGCACCGCUUACGAUGGCGCUUCGCGAGCACUUCCUGGGUAGCAAAGAUAGUACUUCCGCGAUGAUUCUGACGGUGUCACCAUCAUCGCAGCAGUUCUCGGCCACUACGAAUACCCUGAAAUAUGGGAAUCUCGUGGGGAUGGCGAGCACAGAUGGUUCCAGCAAGGGCAGUGCUAGUGCUACUGCUGUGCGAUCGUAA